GCGUGCAGAAGAGUGCAAGUGUGGCAUGGACCGAAACGGUGUUAAGCAUCCGUGUUAAAUUUACAUUUUUACUUUACAAACGAGCAUUUGUACAUGGUUUCGCACUAACGACGGGCAACGGCAGACAGGAUGACGAUAGCGGAGUAUAUCGGUGCGCUUUCGGAGAAUCCCUAUUUCGGGGCCGGCUUCGGUUUGUUCGGGGUCGGUGCCGGAGCAGCAAUGUUACGUAAAGGGAUGCAGGGAGCAAUGAUUUUGUUCCGGCGGCACUACAUGAUUACGCUCGAGGUACCGUGCCGAGACAAAUCGUACCAGUGGCUGCUGCAGUGGAUCACACAGAAGGGAGCACGACAAACACAGCAUCUCAGCGUGGAGACGUCCUUUGAACAGCGCGACACGGGACACAUUAAAACGCGGUACGACUUUAUACCCUCCGUCGGUACGCACAUCAUGCGGUACGGCGGCACCUGGAUAAAGGUAGACCGUGCCCGGGAACAGCACACGCUCGACCUGCACAUGGGCGUGCCCUGGGAAACGGUACAGCUGACCGCAUUCGGUAGGGAUAAGAAUUUGUACUUUAAAAUUCUGGAGGAGGCCCGGCAGCUGGCGCUGAAAAACACGGAAGGAAAGACGAUCAUGUACACGGCGAUGGGCUCGGAAUGGCGACCCUUCGGACAUCCGCGCAAGCGACGUCCCAUCGGUUCGGUGGUGCUUGACGAAGGUGUUUCCGAGCGCAUAUUGCGCGACUGCCGGGAGUUUAUCAAAAACCCGCAAUGGUACUCGGACCGCGGAAUACCUUACCGGCGAGGAUAUCUGCUGCACGGGCCGCCCGGUUGCGGCAAAUCCAGCUUCAUCACUGCACUGGCCGGCGAAAUCGAGUUCGGCAUCUGUCUGCUAAACCUGUCCGAACGUGGCCUGACCGACGAUCGAUUAAAUCACUUGAUGAACGUGGCACCCCAGCAGUCGAUCAUACUGCUUGAGGACAUCGAUGCGGCGUUCGUAUCGCGUCAGGACACGCUGCAGCAGAAGGCCGCCUACGAAGGGCUGAAUCGUGUCACCUUUAGCGGGCUGCUAAACUGCCUCGACGGUGUUGCAUCCACCGAGGCACGCAUCGUCUUCAUGACGACAAACUACCUCGAGCGGCUCGAUCCAGCACUCAUACGGCCCGGCAGAGUCGAUGUGAAGGAAUACGUGGGUCACUGUUCACGCCACCAGCUUGAGCAAAUGUUCCGCCGCUUCUACACCGGCACGGACGCGGAGGCAAAUGCUCGCAUCUUUGCGGAGCGUGUAGCGGCCGACGGGCGCAACGUAAGCCCGGCACAGGUCCAGGGCUACUUCAUGGUGCACAAAAUGUCCGAUCAGCAAACCGUGCUCGAUAAUGUGCAGCAAAUAUGGGACAGCACGUAAGCGGGCGGGGGCUGGGGGUUAAAGAGGUUCUAACUUUACCGUUAAUAAAACUGCAAUUGCACAUCUUUGCCAA